UCUCACUCCAGAUUGCUGUUACCAUGCGAGGUGAUUCCGUCGAUGUCGAAUUCAAGAAAUCCAACGGCAUAUCUGUCUCAAUCGCUUCUUCUGCCGAUGAAACCCUACCAUCUCUGCUUGGAUUAAGCUUGCAGCUUUCAUCUUCUAUUUCUCGAUACCUUUAAAAUCAGUGUUUUCCCCUCUGUUUCUUAUUGGAAGUUAUUAGGGUUUCGACUGGAGGUGAUUCAAUUUCGUAACAAGUAUGGGUUUGGUGGUAGAACUGAUGCACGAAGUUAGGGUUUCAAAUCGGAAUUAGGGUUUUGUCUAAUAAUUUGAGGAGGUAUGUAUAUACUGCUUCGAUUUUAGAUUCCGUUUCCCAUAUGAAAUUCGAAUUUGGGGUUUUAUGAUGCUAAAUUGCACCUAAAGGUGGUGGUUGGUGAUUUGAUGUUGUUGGCCUGAAAAAUUGAAUUGGGGGUUUUGUAUAUCCUCAAUGGGGGAUGAAUCGCCACAGAACACCAUGAAUCUUGAUCUUAAUUUGGCACCUGUGGUUCAUCCUUCCCAAGAUGAUGAGCCACAUACUAUGAGCUUUGAAGAUUGGCUACAUGGGUCAGUGAGCUUUGAAGAUUGGCUACAUCGUCCUAGGUCUUGGCAGCGGUUGCGGUCAAUUUGGAGACCGGUUCCAAUUCCGAUGGAAGCUAGAAAUAUGGCUCUAGGGUUAACAGGUAGCAGCGGUUUGGUAAUGGACGAGAGAAAUGCUUCUGAUGAUGAACGACAUCCGGAGAUGAUCAAAACAGACAAAAACGGUGAUAAGAACUUAGAAAAUGUGGAUGUGGGUAAGAAAGAUGUCGAGAAGAGCAAUGGAGAUGAAAGCAGCUUUUUCGAUUGUAAUAUAUGCUUGGAUUUGGCGAGCGAGCCUGUUGUGACUUGUUGUGGGCACUUGUUUUGUUGGCCGUGUCUUUACCGUUGGCUGUUUGUUCACUCCGAAGCAAAAGAAUGUCCAAUUUGCAAAGGGGAAGUAACCAUGAAGAACGUAACUCCCAUUUACAGCCGUGGGAAUCACACACAUGUAACUGAUGUGGAUUCUAGUGUCAAGAUUCCUAGCAGGCCACAAGCAAAGAGGAUCGAGAGCUGGAGACAAUCUAUUCAGAGAAACGCACUUAAUCUGCCAAUGUUUGAAAUGAUCCGAAGGCUUGAUAACAGAUCACAGGAAAUCCCAAAUAACUCGUUGCUAAAUAGGAUUUUCACUUCUAGAGGGAUACGGAGGGGACAAGAUAUGGCUGCAAUUGGAUCCCCGGAUGCUGUAACGGACUCACCAGAGUUCAGUCCGGCUAACACCGAGCCAGGCGGUUCAACCCUCUUAGCACGCCGGUUAAACCGACCAGCUACUGUGACAAACCUUACAUCUGCUUUAAGUUCUGCAGAAAGUUUUGUGGAUUCAUAUUUCCGCGACCACCCUGAUGAGCGGAACCAAGAACAACUUCCAUUGAUGGAUGAUCGACAUUCAAUGUCGAGCAUUGCUGCCAUCAUACAGUCGGAAAGCCAGACAGCAGAUACUGCAACUGAAACAGAUUCAAGGGUGUCGAUUUCAACUUCAAGAAGAAGAUAUGAAACAUCAACAUCGAGGGUUUCGGAUGUUGACACUGGAGAUUCUCGAUCCCGAAGGAGGAGGUUGCAGUAGAAUGAAGGUUUCCAUUGAAGAUCUUUGAGCAAAACUCGAGGGAACUUCAGUUAUGUGAGUUCUAAAACUAUGUUACAAAUUGCCUUUCAUAUACUUUGUCUUCUGCAAUUAGGUAGCUGGUCAAGAGUUUUCUGCCAUUGCAUGUUUAUGAGUUUUAUGCUCCAAGUUUGUGUUGGGAAUGGUGUUACUGUUUUAUCUUACAGUUUAUGACUAUUAGUUUUCUUAUGA